AUGUAUUACCGUGGAUCUGCUGCUGCUGUGAUAGUCUAUGACAUCACCAAACUGGACUCCUUUCAGACGCUAAAGAAGUGGGUGAAAGAGCUGAAAGAGCACGGGCCGGAGGACAUUGUGGUGGCCAUCGCUGGGAACAAGAACGACCUUGGAGACAUCAGGGAAGUCCCCAUGAAGGAGGCCAAAGAGUUUGCAGAAUCCAUAUCAGCAAUCUUUAUUGAGACAAGUGCGAGAAACAGCGUCAAUAUUGAAGCACUCUUUCAGAAAAUCAGUAAGCAGAUUCCGCCAUUGGAAAAUACAGAGGUGGAGAGCAACGAGUCUUUUAAACUGUCUGGAACGCUUCCUGCUCCAGCCAGAAGAAGAGGAAAAGAGGAAGAAGAGGAAGAAGAGGAAAAGAGGAAGAAGGGGAAUAAGAGGAAAAAGGGGAAGAAGAGGAAGAAGAAGCAGAAGAGGAAAAAGGGGAAGAAGAGGAAGAAGACGAAGAAGGGGUAG